AUGAAUUAAAUAUAAUAAGACACUGAACAUCCAGGAUCAAAAUUGAAUUAGCUAAUGUUAACUGAUGAACCUAUUGGUGAGAUUCAGGAUUUCCUCAAUUAUUCUCUAUCAGAGGGCAAUUUUUCGAUACAAGGUUCAAAAAUACAAAGCAAUAACAAUUAGAAUAGUCAAAGUUCUAAGGAAAAAGUUAAUAAAGGCAAAAGAGUUUAAUUUGAUUCGACUCUCAAUAGUCCCUCCACUCAUUUCCUAGUUAAUAAGACAAGUACCAGACUCUCAGAACCUCCUCAACAUUUGCAUCAAUAAUAGCAAAUAUACAGUGUCAUUUAAUUCUGCUUUAUCAAGAGAUUCAUCAAUCGAAUAAGUUGGAAAAAGAAAAUAAAUGCUCAAUUUAAUUUCUAUCAAUACAAAAUACUCAAAGAUUUAGGAUCAUCUUUCAAUCUGAAACUCUUUAGAGACAGUGCUCUUAAUCUCAAACCUAUGAUUAGUCAAUUUAGUAAUUCUCAUGAUAACUUAAAUUAAAGUCUCAAAAAGAAUCCUAGAGAAUUCACAACAAGAUUUUAAAAACAUUAUUCUCAAUUAAAAACCUGCACUAAUAAUUUAUAUAAGAAGAUCGAAUCAGAAUUAGAAAAGAUACCUCUGAUCACACCAGAAUCUAGAUCAAAAAUUGUUUGGGAUUGUGUGGUUAUGAUAAGCAGACUAUAUUUUUUAUUCACCAUUCCAUUGGAUCUGGCUUGGAAUUAAUAGCAAAUUAUCUAUGGUCAACUCUUUGCAACCACCAUUUUUAUGAUAAUGCUAUUGGUCGUAGACUUCAUUCUAAGCUUUAAUAAUUCAUUUUAUUAAUUUGGACAAAUUGUUAGUAACAGAGCCACAAUAGCCAAAAAUGUAAUUAGCAAAAGUUAUGGUCUAGAAGCAAUUUCAAUACUAAUAUUGGUCAUUUAUGCCAUAAUCUUUAAUUCCUCCAAACAUGGAUUCAACCUUAUGAAUUCAUGGUGGGAUCUAUUAAUGUUGUUAUUUUAUGUACAAAGCAGAAAUAUUCCUAAAUUAAUAAGUUAAAUAGAAGAGACGUUAAAUUUAUCCAAGCCUAGUAGUUCAUUAUUAGAAUUGUUCAAAUUAUUGUUACUUUUAUUCUUUGUUCUGCAUUGCUACUCAUGCCUUUGGUACUUUGUUGGAUAUUAUAGUGAACAGUACUCUGAAAAAGGAUGUUGGUUAGAGUUUUAUCACAUUUAAAAUGAGACCUGGUAAGUCUAAUAUUUGUAUUCCUUCUAUUUCUCGACUGUCACAAUGUUCACUAUCGGUUAUGGAGACGUUGUACCAAUUAGUUAUUUAGAAAGAAUAGUAGCUAUUCUCUAUAUGAUGAUUUGCAGUAUUCAACUAAGUUAUAGUGUCAGUACUGUGGGGGCAAUCAUAGAUACAAUAUCUGCUUAUGGAUAAGAGAAGAUGAGAAAGAUGAGGAAGAUAAAUACUUAUAUGUAAAAUAAAAAGAUUCAAUACCAAUUACAAUAUUAAAUCAGAGAAUAUUUAAAUUAUUAUUGGGAAUCAUAGAAUUAAGUAGAGAAUGAUGAAUUAAAUGAGAUUAUUAAUUAAUUAUCAGAGGAUCUAAGGGAAAAAUUAAUGAAUGAAUCAAACUCAAUGAUUUUAAAUGAAUGUCCUUUGUUUAAAAACAAUUUUAGUGAUGCUUUAAAGUCCAAGUUGGUUCAUAAAAUUAAACCAGCAGUUAUUUAACCAGAGAACAUCAUCAACUUUGAUUCAAUAUUCCCUUAAAUUCCUGCUGGUUAAUUAUAUGUAUGUUUUGUUGAAUUCGGAGACAUUCAAAUCUUCAUUUAGAAUGAUUAAAUUGAUUAGAUUUUGGAAAGUCCAUAGAUUGCAGAAGUUAGUAAAGUUGGAAAAGGAUCAAGUCUAGGAAUUAUCGGUUUUAUAAGUGGAAAAUAAUCAUAAGAGAGAUUUAGAAGUAUAGGAUUCUCUAAAUUAUUGAUGCUGUCUAGAGAUGACUUUUUGAAAAUCAUAUAAGACUUUCCAGAAGAUUAUGAAAGAUUUAGAAAUCUAUAUGAUAGUAUUUAAUUUGAUGAUGUGAGUGCAUUGCAUAUGAAGUGUUUUAGUUGCAAUUCAAGUUAUCAUAGAGUACUCUAAUGCCCUUUAUUACAUUAUAUUCCAGAUCGAGAAUUAAUUAUUAAAAGACAUCAGUUUAGUAAUCAAUAAAUAAGAAAUUCUCAUUUCUUAAGAAACCCUUAUCGUCAAAAAGGGUACUUUGCAGCAAGAUAUGAUUAAGAAAUUAUUGAACAUGAAGCGUCAUCAUUUAAUAAUAAUAAUUGGAAAUGGGCUGAGUUCUAUGAGGAACCAGAGGAUGAAGCAUUAAAAAAAAGUGAGGCUUAAAUUAACUAAACUAAUCUUGAAUAAAGUAGUUCUAAUCUUUAAAUUAUUAACUAGCCUUAAUCUUAAUAAUUAUUUACUUCAACUGCUUUCCUUUCUGUAUUAGAUCAAUCCUCAAAAUUGAAUUUAGAACCGCCAAUCGUAAAAAAGAGGUCAACUCUUUUCAAGUAAAGAACAAGAACUAUUGAAUAGAUGGAUAUAGAUGAUUAAUCAAUGAAAGCAUCUUUAAUGAGUAAAGCCAGAAAUAAUCUGAUGAUCAUUAAGGAAGAGGAACAAACCAAAAGUUCUAUUUUUCGUAAAUACUAAAAGAUGAAGCCUUCUGUAACUAUCGAAUUAAAUCAAAAUAGAGUUAGAGAGAAUAUUUAAAAAUUGAAAAAGGUUGUAAAAGCAAUCACAAACAUGUAUAGAAUGAAAAAAAAGUAAAAAUAAAAAAAGGAGACUAAAUCUAUAUUGAAUUCCUUUUUAGAGAUCAUUUAGGACUAAGCAUUCCUGAAAGGAAUUCUAAAUAAAGUGAGAAUCCGAUUAAAAUAGAUACAAGAUGGCAAAAAAUAAAUCUUAUCAGAGAAAGACAUUGCAGAUACUAUGAUCUUGGAAAUCAAAUUAAAAAUGGAAAUAAAUCUAUUGAAUGAAUAUCAAAAGAAAGAUUAGUAGUUGACGAUGGAAUCAUAUAAAAAGUUUAAACAUUAUCAAAUUCAAAAUAACCUAGAUUCGAUCUUGGAAAGAAUGUAUUUCUACAAGUAGUAGCAUCUAUUGAAUCCUCAAUUAAGAGAGAAUUAGUCAUAAUUGUUGAAAUAUAUGAUACACCCUGAAACAUUCUUUGAGAAAUACAGGUAUCAACAGAUCAUAGUUCCCAAAUUCGACAUUCCUGAAUCGAGACGAGAUUCUGGUCUUGUGACUGAACACACUUUAAGGCGCAGUAAAUUGCUUAAAAAAAGCAUUAGAAAUGUAAAAUCGUCUUAAGUAAGACCUGCCUCAGAAGGUGCAGGCAAACUCCAAUUUUGA